GCGUAUCCGUGACGAUUUCUUUCCCGUUUACCUGUGCGACACAGACCCAAAAAGCAGACAAUAAAUCAAUAAUCAAGCCGCCGUGAGAGGGAGAUGGGUUGCUGGACGGAUGGAUGGAUGGAUGGAUAGCUGUAUGGAUGGACGGAUUGGUACGGAAUCGGAUUCAGAAUCAGAAUCAACUGGUAUCGAGAAGAGGCGAGUCUGGGGCCUUAUCAUCAUUAUUCAAAGCGAGCCACCAACGCCGCCGACACAUUGAAAUGGGUAUAGAAAAAUAAUAAUAAUAAUAAUAACGAGAACAACAAACAGAGACCGAGGGAAAACAAAACAGAAACAAAUCGAACAAAAACGAGUUCCUAGAGUUUCUAAAAAGCCAUAAAACGACGACGAGUUUUGAUUUGAUUUUCGAGAUCCAAUCGACUGGCAUAGAACACAUGUACGGCCCAGACGGACCAAACACAAAAAUGCGUGGAUGCUGUGGGAGAGAGUUGGACAGAACACAUAUUCUGGACGGAAACCUCGACGGAGGCAGCAACUCGUCAUCGGUCAUAUCAGUGCAGAAAGAAAGAGCAGUGCGACUGAGUCCAGUGGCAGCCCACGCCCGCGUUAUGAUUUUGUGGCCAUUUUAUAACUAACAGCAUUCCAGCGGCGCCGACAACUGAGCCCAAAGUCCCCAGUUCAGUUCAAGUCCCCCCAUCCACGGAUCCCAUCCCAGUUUUAAGACCCCAAACCCAAAAGGGCCGGGCCACACACAUCGAUGGUUUAGCUGAUGACGACGAUGAUGACCGCUUUGUGCCGCAGGAAGGAGUUGGGGGCCAAGUGCAUUGGAAACGCCGUCUGGUGACAGAAGCGGCAACGGGAGCAGAAUCAACCAUUCGAGAAGGAGGAUGUUAAGGACCGAUCGGACGAUCGAAACCUGUUGGGGUUACGAUAGGGAUACCCAUUCCAUUACCUGCUAACUCGACCGUUUUUAUACCCUUUAAUACGAGUGGGAAAGGUAAAAGUAUGAUAGAAUAAUCAAAUAAUCCCAUUUGGAUUAAUUUUAAAAUAAAAGUAUUAAUUUCCCAACAGGAGAAUGCAAUCUAUAUAAAAUGUAAGAAGCCUGGACAAAAAGCUUCGAGUCUGUCUUUAAAAGCCGUUUGAGAAGAUUAAGAACGCAAUAAAAUG